UGGGCGAGGAAGAAAAGGGUAAGAGUAAGAAUGAUAAGGAAGACCCUCACAAGGUUCAGAGUAGACCCUCUUCUUCAAGUGACGUUAAAACACUCAUUCGUGACACUUCCUGCAUGCCCACCCACCUCUUCUGCCCUCUGAGGAGCUGUUUUACUUCUGGUCUUCACUGCAGAGGGAAAGAAGAGCCUGUGCCAACAGCGCUGGCUCAGGUUGACCGUGAAAAGAUUUACCAAUGGAUCAAUGAGCUGUCCAGCCCUGAGACACGGGAGAACGCGCUGCUGGAGCUGAGCAAGAAGCGCGAGUCUGUGCCUGACCUCGCCCCGAUGCUGUGGCACUCGUUUGGCACCAUCGCAGCGCUCCUUCAGGAAAUUGUAAAUAUUUACCCAUCCAUCAACCCUCCAACUUUGACAGCCCAUCAGUCCAACAGAGUCUGCAAUGCUUUAGCUCUGCUGCAGUGUGUUGCAUCACACCCUGAAACAAGGUCAGCUUUUCUGGCAGCUCAUAUCCCUCUCUUCCUGUACCCCUUCCUGCACACAGUCAGCAAGACACGUCCCUUUGAGUACCUGCGGCUCACGAGCCUCGGAGUGAUUGGCGCCUUGGUGAAAACUGACGAGCAAGAAGUGAUAAAUUUCUUAUUGACAACAGAAAUUAUCCCCCUGUGCUUACGCAUUAUGGAGUCUGGCAGUGAACUCUCCAAAACGGUUGCUACGUUUAUUCUUCAGAAAAUCCUCCUGGAUGACACAGGGCUGGCAUACAUCUGUCAGACUUAUGAGCGGUUUUCCCAUGUUGCCAUGAUACUGGGUAAAAUGGUCCUGCAGCUCUCCAAGGAGCCAUCGGCACGGCUGCUGAAACAUGUCGUCCGCUGCUACCUUCGCCUUUCCGAUAACCCCAGAUGUAGGGCACGUGAAGCUCUCAGGCAGUGCCUUCCUGACCAGCUGAAGGACACCACCUUCGCCCAGGUCCUGAAGGAUGACACCACCACAAAGCGCUGGCUGGCUCAGCUCGUCAAGAACCUGCAAGAGGGUCAAGUCACUGACCCACGGGGCAUCCCUCUUCCUCCGCAAUGACUGCUGGGGGAGGUGGGGAACUGGGGAAGAAACAGCUCAGGUUUACAAAAAACGAGGAACAGGUGACCUCUUCUGCAACAAACUGGGCACGCCAGCUGGCUGCCAGCCUGUCGGACCAUCCCACCCAGCCAAAGGGCUGCUCUGUAGCAGCAAUGCCUCCGGGGAUCCCAACACCAGCAAAUGCUGAUACUACAGCU